AUGGUGAAGUACUCACAAGAACCAGACAACUCCACAAAAUCUUGCAAGGCAAGGGGAGCCGAUCUCAGGGUCCACUUCAAGAACACUAGGGAAACAGCGCAUGCCAUAAGAAAGCUACCAUUGAACAAGGCGAAACGGUAUUUGGAAGAUGUGAUUGCACACAAGCAAGCUAUCCCAUUCACACGUUUCUGCCGUGGUGUUGGACGUACUGCUCAGGCAAAGAACAGACAUUCAAACGGUCAAGGUCGUUGGCCUGCUAAAUCUGCUCAGUUCGUUCUGGAUCUCCUCAAGAAUGCUGAGAGCAAUGCUGAGGUGAAAGGUUUGGAUGUUGAUGCCCUUUACAUAUCACACAUCCAAGUGAACCAAGCAGCAAAGCAGAGGCGUAGAACAUACCGUGCUCAUGGAAGAAUCAACCCUUACAUGUCAAACCCAUGCCACAUCGAAUUGAUUCUUUCAGAGAAAGAGGAGCCUGUUAAGAAAGAGCCGGAGACUCAGUUGGCAGCGAAGUCAAAGAAGGGAACCUCGUCUUGAUCCUAUAUAUACCGUAGUUAUCUUUUCUGUAAUGAUACAUUUUGUUCAUUUUCGGCAAGACAAGUAACCAAAAUUAAUACACGUAAUGAUGAUUAGUUUUUGGUUUACCAAAGCUUUUAUUACUGAACAAAUUUAAGACCUUGAAGUUAAUUUAAAUCGUCC